AUGCUACUCGGACAAAAUCUAUAUCAAGACAUCCUAGUUAUUCUAGAUAAAUGCAAGAGUCUUGCUCUACUCAAGCAAUUGCAAGGCCAUCUCAUUACCACUGGUCAUGGCCAAACGCAGCUUUAUGCGUUCAAGCUUGUUCGUUUCUGCACCAUCACUCUCUCAAACCUCCAUUAUGCUCGCUUAAUCUUCAAAUACCUUAAUUUUCCCAAUGUUUACCUUUAUACUGCGAUGAUUACUGCAUACACUUCCGUUCAAGAUCAUACAUCAUCUCUUUUGUUAUACCGUGGAAUGGUUCGUAAUGGCUUGUCAAGGCCUAACCAUUUUGUAUUCCCUAUAAUCUUAAAGUCUUUCCCUGAAGUUAUAAAGUCUUAUGGGAUUGAAAUGGCGCAUACCCAUAUUGACAAAAUGGGUUUUGGAAAAUGCCCUGUUGUUCAGACAGCUCUAUUGGAUGCUUAUUCAAGGUCUUCGUCUGAUAUUAAAGUUGCACGGCAACUGUUUGAUGAAAUUACUGACAGGAAUGUGGUUUCAUGGACUGCGAUGAUAUCAGGAUAUACUAGAGUUGGGCAAAUGGGGGAUGCUAUUUUGCUUUUUGAAGAAACUCCUCAGUGUGUAAGAGACACUCCCUCGUGGAAUUCCAUAAUUGCGGGGUGUACACAAAAUGGGCUGUUUUCUGAGGCCAUUUCAUUUUUAAGAAGAAUGAUAGUUGAGGAAGGUAUGGUUCAAUGGAAUAAGCCUAAUGAUGUUACAUUUGCGUGUGUACUUGCUGCUUGUGGGCAUACCGGAAUGCUUCAGCUCGGAGAAUGCAUUCAUGGGUAUGUGUAUCGGAAUAGUGUUCAUUUGAAUUCACUUACUUUGAAUGCUCUCAUUGAUAUGUAUGGUAAAUGCGGGAGCUUGAGAGAAGCAAGAUAUCUUUUUGAUAAGGCUAAUAGGGGGAGUUUGACAUGUUGUAAUUCUAUGAUCAAUUGUUUGGCCCUUCAAGGUCAUUGGGAAGGUGCUAUUGGAGUUUUUAAAGAUAUGUUGCAACAUGGCGAUGAUUUAAAACCUGAUUCAGUGACUUUUAUUGGCUUGUUGAAUGCUUGUACUCAUGGAGGGUUGGUUCAAGAGGGGCUUAGUUAUUAUGACUUAAUGACUAGGAUAUACGGAAUUACUCCUGAAAUUGAGCAUUAUGGGUGUUUAGUUGAUCUUCUUGGUCGAGCAGGUCGGUUUGAGGAAAUUAUGGAAAUUGUUAGAAAUAUGCACAUAACUCCAGAUGCUGUUAUAUGGGGUACCUUGCUUAACGGCUGCAAAAUUCAUGGGCGUAUUGACUUGGCUGAAUAUGCACUGAAAAACUUGAUUAGUAUUGAUCCAAAUAAUGGUAGUUAUUACUCUAUGCUGGCUAAUUUAUAUGGGGAGUUGGGGAAGUGGGAAGAGGUUCGAAAAAUAAGGAAGAUCCUAAAUCAGCAGAAUGCUUAUAAAGCUCGUGGUUGCAGUUGGAUUGAGCUUGAUAGCCAAGUUCAUCAAUUCUAUUCAGUAGACAAAUCUCACCCUAGAAUGGAAGAGAUAUACUCAGUUUUGGAAUAUUUGAUAGAGGAGACGCCGGGCUUGCGGACACCUGCAAGGCUACCUCAGUGUCUCGGUGGACUGAAGGCAGGCUCCCGAGCUAUUGCUGCUAACCAAAGGAUACUCAGGUACUCCAACCCACCGACAGUAGCACUCUUUCACCUCUUGUCAGCUGAAUUGAGAGCUAGACUCGGCCUCAGGGCCAAUGCCACCCUAAGUGUGGCUGUGAAUCAUGUACCUGAUGUCGUGGGUGAGAGUGACUCCCCAGUCCCGAAUCUGCCUGGCCUAUCUAUUCCAGAUCCAAGUAUUCCUGUUCCAGCUGUGGCAGAGGGUGCUACCAUCUCUCCCGCUGAUAUUCCUGAUCUUGAUGCAAUUCUAGCUUCCGGUCCCGGGGUUUCUGAUGGGGACCUUAGAGGAGCCAUCCAUAUGUUGACCCACGGACAGGGAGAUUCUGCCCGCUCCAGAGUCAACCAGUUUCUGCGGUUGGCCCCUCUAGAGUUCACUGGCACAGACCCAGAGGCCGAUAUGCACCUUGAUGAAAUGUAUAAGACCCUUCGAGUGAUGAAGGCUACAGAGACGGAAAGGGUUGAGUUGGCUUCAUACAGGUUGAGGGGAGCAGCGUAUUCGUGGUUCGAGAUGUGA